GGCAACUCUGUCCUGUUUUAUUUUUCCCCACUUCGAUAGACGUGGAGCAAGUCCAAAAAGGCGACGGCACUCUGUUUCUUCGUAAGCACGUGUCGGUCCGCCCGCCCCACGUACCUACACGUGCGAGUUGCGUCCACUCCACGCCGACGCUCCUCCUUCCGCGCGUUCCCAUCAUACUCCCUUUUGCUCUCCCUCCGUUGCCGAAAGUUACAAGAGGAACCGUCGGUAAAGGUAAAAAGAUCCCACCUUAUAAUGGGCUCGGGGUGCGGGCACCACUCUCCAAUCUCCAUCAUUCUCUCUCUCUCGGAGAAAGGGACGCGAGUGCCGUUCCCGUUGAUGGCGAACCGCCUCGCCGCCUCGUUUCCCCUCGCGCUCCUCCUGCUCCUCGCCCUCUCGUCGCCGCCGAUCGCGUCGGCGAAGCCCGUAAUCAAAGACGACGUCUCUUGCACAAUGUGCUCCUCCUGCGACAACCCCUGCCAGCCCGCCGCCUCCCCUCCGCCGCCGCCCCCGUCCUCCACCGCCGAAUGCCCUCCGCCGCCGUCGAAUCCAGGAGCGAUCUCCUACUACUCCCCUCCCCCGCCAGACGUCUACUCAUCCCCGCCUCCUCCAUCCAAUAGUGGCGGCGGCGGGAGCGGCGGCGGGGGCGCCUACUACUACCCUCCGCCGCCCAACAGAUAUUACCCGGCCCCGCCGCCGCCGAACCCCUUCUUGCCCUACUUCCCGUUUUAUUAUUAUAACCCUCCUCCAAACAAAUACCACUCGGGGUCUCUCAGCUUGAAGCCUCUUUCCACCAUCCCCCUCCUCCUCCUCCUCCUUCUCUUCUUCUAGUGAGCUCUUCGCUCUUAGAUCCGAGCUCAAGAAGGGCUGGGGAAUUUUCUGGGUGUUCCCAAAACGGGCUCCUUAUCGUUCCCAGAAUGCCUCUCUCCUUGCUCCAAGAAGCAGCGGCGGCGGCGGCAGCACUACGGAUGGAUUAUCCUUUCCGAUCUCCGGUUGCAGUUCUCCAUCUCCGUUUUUUUUUAUUUCUCUGUAAUUUUUGUGAUAUUAUGUGGAAUUUUGUUGUAAUAAUAAUUAUAGGAAAGAACAAGCUAGUGGGCGAGGGAAAUAAAGUGGGGGAAUUUGUUUGAUGCUGAGAUUAAUUAUUAGUUAAUAAAUGUUUAGUAAAUAUGUAUCUUU